AUGAAGGAGCGCUGCAGGCCCUCUAUCUUUGCAGCCACACCUUUUGCAGUCUUCCUUCUCGUCGCCACCUCUGCGUCUAUGCCCGCACUGGGCGGCGCGUCAGAAGGUUCCGUUCUCUCGGCGGCAGGUCUCACGUCGGCGUCCGGCGCUGUCGCCUCUUCUGGCGGUGACGGCCUCUCAGGACCCCUCUCCACAAGCACUCUGCUGCAGGCGAUUUCUGAGCAUGCGCGUGCGAAGGACGAGCCACUGUCUAAGUCUGACAGAUCCGCGUUGCACGAAGAUGCGAAAGCUCACAUCAUCGCUCUCGCGAACGAGUUCCAGAAAAAACUCGUGGACCCCGUAACGAAGGCGGGCAAAGCUGUGGCGCAAGUUGCAGCGGACGCCGCAGCAGCGGUCUCCGCGGCGGGCGGCGGUGCUUCCCCUUUGGCGAAUGGAACGGGCUUCAUCCAGCUGAAUGCCAAGGUCUCGACGCAAGGCGCACGCGCGGGUGAGGAAGGAGGCCUCUCGCCGGCAAAGGCUGAGCGCCUCCUAGGCCAAAGGCAUUCUGAAGCCAGGAGCCGACUGUCGAACAAGCAAGAAACUGAAAACACGAACUUUGCAUUCCUCGCAGCGGAAAGACCGGCUGUCGCGGUGCAGCUACAGCUCCCAGCGGGUUUCACGCAGCAGACUGCCCAGGAAAUGCCUCAGGCUCCUGCGCCUGUCACCGCGGCCUCUGCGCCGACCCCUGCCGCCUUUGGAGCUGCGCCAGCCGCCAUGCCUGCUGCGCAGCCCGCCGUCGGGCUUCCCGCCGCGUACCCUGCGGCGGCGCCUCCGCAGGUUGCAGUUUUGGUCCCUUCGCCUGAGCAGCGCCAGCAACUUCAGCAGGUGGAGUUGGCUAGACUUGCGCAAGUCCGACAGGCGAUUCUGCAGCAGACGCAGCAGCUGGCGGCGCAGGCACCUCAGCUGUCAGGCUACAACAUGGCUGGCGGCGCCCCUGCGGGCGUCACCGGCGCCGGCGUGAUGCAGGUCCCCCAGCAAGGCCAGCAGCAUCUCCAGGAUCUCCAGUUGCAGCAACGCGCGAUCGAUGCGGAGCUCGAGAAGCUGAAGGCCCUUGAGGAGCAGGUCGCCGCCCAGGAACAGAGAGCCGCGGCGCUCCUCAUGAACCAACCAGCCAACCUCAUGGGACAGCAGCAGGCGCAGGCUCUGCCGCCGCAGGCCUCGUCUCCUCCGCAGGCCAACUCUGCUCCGGGGGUCGCGAACCCGCUUCUGCAGAGUCUGGUUCAGCCGCCGCAGGUGCUCGCGGCGAUGCCAGCCCCGCAGGCCGCUGCACCGGCCGUCGCUCCUCAAGCCUUCCAGGGGGUGCUUCCGCAGACGAUCAGCCCACCGACGCCGCCCGCGGCCCCCGUGGCGGGCGAGGCGGCGCCUGCGCAGCCGCCUGCGCAGGAGGCGCAGACUGAGACAGAACCUCAGCAACAGGAGGCCGCGGGAACGCCUGUCCCUAGUUCGCCGAGCAGCGCAGACGUGCAGGAGCAUGGCUUCGUGCCGCCUCCUCUGACCUUCCCGGCGCCACCGACCGCUGACGCAGCGCAGAAGAACGCAGCUGGCCUCCACGUCCUCGAGUGUCAAACCGAUGUCGCCGCCUGCAAAGACAACGAGAAGGCAGUUGGCAAGGUGAAGGACUACAUGAACGGCCUUCGUGCCACGGUGGACUGCGCCUGCCGUCAGAUGUUGGCGGUGCUGGUCUGCAAACUUAUCGCGGAUCAAGAUGAAUUGACCUCCAACGGCAGCGCCAAGCUCGACGCGCCCGAAGCGCGCCUUGAAAGCUGCUUGCCCCUCGGUCGCGGCGGAGACACUCCUGGCGACGUCCCUGCCGCCGAUGCCUCUCGAGGCGACGAUCGCGGCGGCGGCCUCUGCGACCGCGGCGCCCGCGCAGCUCCAGGUGGCGCCCGGAAGAGCUUCGCUGGGGGGGCCGUUGGCGUAGCGGUGCAGGCCGAGAGACAGCCUGCUUCGUUCCUCGAGACGCGCGCGCGUGCAAAGGGCAACUCGUCCCUAGGUGCGCUGACGCGCGCGGCGCAGAAGGCUGGAGUGCAAGUCGCCCAGCGCCUGUUGCGGCAGGUUGAACAGCAGCGGAAAAUUCAGGCCGACGCCGUGGCGGCCUUCGCCGACCUCAUCCAAGCGCAGCCGAAUGCUUUCAGCCAGGCGUCGUUCCUUGGCCAAGGCGCUCAGGAAGCCGUCUGGAUGUUCGCUUCGGGACCGGCUGAGCAGUGUCAGCAGGUGGAGACCGUCAUUCCCGUCCCGCUGCCCGUCGACACGGAGGAGCGCCGCAUGAAUAAAAUCCACGUUCAGACUCCAGAAGACGAGAAUCAGGCGCUGUCUCUCGUACCGCCUCCGACCACCGCGUAG